AUGAGUCAUCUUCAUGCAUCAACACCCUGCUUAUGGACUAAUGCUGUCAAUCAACUGUCCGAUUGUUUUUCCAGUGAUGAAGGCUGUCGAAUAUUAACUAAUGCUGUAGGUGAUGAAUGCAAGGUUUUACAAGAUAUUAAAAAAAUUCUGGAAAAAAGAGCUUCAAUUGAUGAACAAUACGCAAAAAACCUUCAAGAUUUAACAGCAAAUGCCAAUAAAAUUUCAUGGCCGACCAGUACACAUCCGAUUGCGCCGGUAUCCCGAGAAAUUUUUUCUCAAUGGUCUCAACUAGCAAUAACAAUGAGUUCCAAUGCUAAACUAUUUCGAGAAUCAGUAUUGGACGAUUUAAUGAAAGGAUUGUUAGAACAGAAAACUGAUUCAAAAACAUUCUUUGAAGAAGAAAGACGUCGAUAUGAUGGCGAACAUCGAAAGGCUCAACGUGAUGUUGCUGAUGCUGAUAAACGUUAUUUAGAAGAAGCCAAAUCCUACGUAGCCAAAAAUAAUGAACUAACAAAACUUCAGAAUAAUGCUCGUAAAAAUGAUGGUUCACGAGUAAAAAGUUUAAAAGAUGCUGUGAUUGAAAAACGAGCCAAUGUAUAUCGUGCACAUAAUGAUUAUAUUUUUAAAAUUCGAGAAUAUAAUUUAAUUGAUAAAGAACAUGUGCAAAAACUUCGAAGUUUAAUUAACUAUCAUGAAGAAUCUCAAUUUUUCAUUAAUAAAUCAUGGCGAACUUUACUCGAAACUGUGACUAGUCAUUUAAGUUAUAAACAUGAUGAAUCGACAGCAGCGACGGAAACAUUAAGACGAAUGAUAGCUUCUCUUGAUCCACGUCAUUUCUAUGAUGAAAUUUGUAAAAAUCAUUCGAAUGUCGCUCCGUUGAAGGCGAAUUCUCUCGUAUUUAAUGAAUUACUUCUUCAAACAUCCGGUUUAACAAAAUUAAAGCUAAAUCAAUUUAUCUGUGAUAGUUCAACGAAACAAGAUUUAAAACAAAAAAUUCAAUCGUUAACGUUGAGUAUAAAUGAGCCAAUACCGAAAAUCGUGGAUUUUACUCGAGAUAAACAAAAUUCCUACGAAGGAAGAAAGGAUCUAUUCGAACAAAGACAAUCCAUAGAUUAUACACGAGUAAGAAAACGAUUCGAAGAACAACUGCGAGAUGAGCUAAAAUCAACAUUACGAAACGUUGGAUAUAGAUCAGAUGAUGAAUCCAAUGGCGAUUCCGAUGAAGAUUUAACCGAUCGACUUGAAGAUCAACUGUAUUUUCAUGGUGUUAUGCCACGCAGUCAAACUAUUAGCAAAUUAAUUGAGAAAGGCGACUAUUUAGUUCGUAUAAAUGAACAAGGAAAUUUUGUUUUAUCCAUCUUGUGGACAGAUCAAGAUAAUCGACAAAGAGUAAAAGAUGAACACUUUUUAAUUCAUGAACGAAAUCAUAUGUUUUUAUUCCAAUCACAAGCCAAUGCAAAGCCAUCCAUUCCUGAAUUGAUUUCAUUUUAUAAAAGACAGAAACUGGAAUUACGAGAAGGUGGCGCACGAUUAAUUCGACCCAUAGCAAGACCGGAUUAUAUAGUUAACAAUGAUGAUGUUCGUACAUUGGAUAUCUUAGGAAAAGGUCAUUUCGGUAAUGUUGUUCGUGGUGAAUAUCGUGGUCAAUCUGUAGCUGUAAAAAUUCUUCAUGAAUCAUCAACAGGUCAAAGUUCUCCAAGUCGAAAAAAUUUCAUUAACGAAGCUCUUCUACUUCAACAAUAUAAGCAUAAAAAUAUUGUAAAAUUUCUUGGCAUCGCUGCUAUACGCGAUCCACUGAUGAUUAUCAUGGAAUUGAUUGAGCAGGGCAGUUUAAAUAAGUAUUUAAAAGAUAAUGACUUACGCGUUUCACAAUUGAUACUAAUGUGCUAUGAUAUUGCUAAAGGAAUGGCAUACUUAGAAAAACGUAAUGUAAUACAUCGCGAUUUAGCUGCUCGAAAUUGUUUAGUUGAUAAAAAGAAUCGAGUAAAAGUCGCUGAUUUUGGCCUGUCAAGAUGUUUACAAUCAGACGAAGAAUAUUUCUGCCAGAUCAAAGAAAUUCCAACAAGAUGGUGGGCUGUUGAAGUAUUUUCAAAUGCACCAUACACAAAUAAAUCAGAUGUUUGGUCUUAUGGUGUAACGAUUUGGGAAGUUUUUUCUAAAGCUGAUACACCUUAUGAAAAUAUAAUACUUAAUCACCUAGUGAUCGAUGCAGUUAAACGUGGUGAACGUUUGAAACAACCGGAUAAAUGUCCACCGAAAAUUUUCUCAAUAAUGGCAUCAUGUUGGACUGAUGAUCCAAAAGAUAGACCGAACUUUGAAAAACUUGUUGAAUUGUUAAAAAAAGAAAAACCUCUAUUUUGA